GCUUCUGCAGGAAGGGGGGGAAUUUUUCGCUGCCAUUGCUGGAAUUCAACGUUUUUGAAUACAUCAUCCCCAUCCUCAUCUGAUCUCAUUCUCAUCUCUCUCAACAUAGACCUUGAUUGGUCUCUGAUCUCAUCUGGUCCGUGUCUCACUGCCGUGCGCGCGCCUACUUUCAGCUUUCACUGUUCGCAAGGGGGGCUCCGAGAAAUUUACAACGUUUUCAAAGCUGUAGACGUAGCGUCUAGUUGACUCAAGUCAUCCCACGCCAAAGCCUCCUUCCACUCGCGCCAACAUCAUGGCUACCGUUCAAGAGCUGUCGACCAAGUAUGGUUCUCAGCUAAAACAGCUAAAGGCAAUCUUCCCGACAUGGGAUCAAGGCGACUUGGCAUUCACUCUGCAAGAUGCAAAAGGAAACGUCGACGAAGCAGCCAUGAUGAUCACAGAGGGCCGUGCAUCUCAGUUUACCGAAGCGACUCGGAAAAAGCCAGUCAAGCCAACUCCACAAGCUUCACGAGGUGGUAGCAAAGGAUUCUCCAACCGAAAUGCGGAUUCAGGAGGCUUUGAGAGUGUCAAUGGUGAAAAUGCUGGAGAUUCGAGGGGCGGACGAGGUGGAAGAGGGGGUAGGGGUGGACGAGGUGGUGCCAGGGGAGGUCGCGGAGGUGAGCCCUUCCGUGGUGGUGGUCGAGGCGGUCGUGGUGGACUUCGGGGAGUUCGAGGCGGAUUUGCCAAUGGACAUUCCCAACGAGAUUCGGCCAUCGGACCCACCAGCACCGCCACUACGACAGAGGGAUGGGCAAGUCAAGUAGAGCAAUCGUCCAGCGACGCUGUGAACGAUGAGACUGCUUGGUCUACAGCAGCUGACGCCGCAAGUACCAUCAAGGUAGAAGUGGACUCUAGAAUCGGAGAAGGAACCACCCCGCCUGCAGAGCUAUCCAAGGCCGAUGAUUUCUCAGCCGCUGGAGGAUUCGGCGAUGCCCCGGCCGCCAAGGAGAUUGAAACAGCUUCAAAGAUUGCUCAAUCGAGUUCAGCCUCAAAGCCGAAGUUGACCUGGGCCCAGAUCGCCAAACCUCAAGAAAAGCCCAAGCCAAUCCCUCCGCCAGCUCCUCCCAAGCAAGACACUCCUAAAUUGCCUGAGCCAGUAUUGGAGGAACCCACCGAGCCAAUUGAAGCCCUCGGAGAUGCACCCGCACAGUCUGAAAUUGAAGAACAAGCCGCUGCCGCUCUCGAACCACCUUCAGAGCCCGCCGCCGAUGUAGAGGAGCCAAUCGAGGAGGAUGCCUGGACGCAAGACCCGGCUAUCGCUGGAUCAGGCGCACAACCAGACUGGACGCAAGCCUCCGAAUCUGCCGCUCCGCUGGCUCCUGAGCCAGUGACGACCUACACCGGACCCCCAGGGUUCAACACUGUCGCUGCUGGAACCGCUGCCAAGAGCUCCGCUGCUGUCGCGGCAGCAGCGUCUCAACCACGAACGAGCUCCCGAGCCGGAAGGUACAAGAAUGCUGAUGGUCAAGGCGUCGUUUUGCCAGCUUCGGCCAGCGGUAUGUCAUCGAUGGAAAUGCAAUUUGGAAGUUUGAGUUUCGGAACUCAAGCCGGAGAUGGUGUCGAGGCACCCGUCCAACAGGAGACUCCCGCUCAGGCUGCUCCUGUCCCUGCUGCUGCCCAAUCCUUGGCAUCUCCUCCUCGUCAACAACAGCCUGCUCAGACAGCUGCUCAACCUCAAGCUCACCAGUCUCCUGUCGCUCAUACAAGCCAACCUUACUACUCUCAACAACAAAGUCAACAACAACAGCAACAACCACAACAACAGCCCUCUUCCCUCCCUCCCGUCGGUCAACAAUCUCAAGCUCCGGCUCAAACUCAAACAUCUCACCAGCAACCAUCCUACCAAUCUCCUCAUCAGACUCUGCAACAACAAAUGACCGCAUACUCGCAAUUCAGUCAACCUCCUUCUGCCGACCAACAGUCCAACUACUACCGUGGGGGCCAGCAAGAUGCCUACUCAGGCUAUCAAUCUCAUCAUAGCCAGCACCAACAGCAGCAGCUUCAAGCCGCCGAAAGCCAUGCUCAGAGCGCUCCUGCUCAACAAUCUCAACACGACCAUUACGAUGGACACGCUGCUUCGCACUACGGCCAGCAACAACAGAGUCAGCACCAGAGCACCGAUCAAUUCGGUGCGCACAGAUAUGACUCGUACGGCUCGACCGGCUACGGUAGACCCGAAGAGCCAAAGCACAAUGCAACAGCUCCUACUCACACUCCCUCGGCACCAGGUCAAUCUCAACAAGGCUUGCCCCACCAGCAAAGCCAGUACUACUCGGUCAACAACAUGGGCUACUACCAAGCUGCUCCAUACAACCCAUACUAUCAAUGUAAGUCGUACACACAGGGAGAGACCCCAUUUGCUGAUGAUCGGCCAGAUGGACAAGGACCUCAACCUGGUUUUCAGCAGUACUACCCAUUGGCAAGCCGAGGAUUGUACAACCAGCCUACACCUGGUGCCCCUCCAGCUCCUAUCCAUCAGCAAAGCAAGCCGUCCCCUGCGCCUGGUCAAUCCCCUUACGGUGGACCUGCUCCCUCAUACCCCUCCACUUCUAGCUACGACGAUCAAUCGAGUCACGGUGUAGGCUCUGGUCGAUAUGGCGAAUCCAAAACUCAGAGCAGUCAGCUCGGCACACCCGGUUCCUACCAAUCCCAAGCCGGUCUUCACUCGUACUUGGGCAUCAACAACUCCUCCUCUGGUCUCUCAUCAGGAGGAUCGAGACCCGGCACCGCUGCGGAAGAGUACAAGUCAAGCGGUGUGAACGCUCCGGGCGCUCUUAGACCUGGUCAAGGAGGCCAAGGUCAAGUCAAUCAACAACAACCACAACAGGCAAGCCAACAGCCUCAGCAACAACAGCCUCAGCAACCUCAGCAGCAACAACAACAGCAGCAACAGCAGCAGCAGCACGCCGCUUACAACAAUUAUGGGUACGGUGCUGGCGCUUACGGCAACCAAGACUGGAGCCAAUACGGUCAACAGCAACAGCCCCAACAACAGCAGCAGCAGCAGCACUACAGCUCCAGGAAUGGCUACUCUCACUGGCAGCAGUGAGCGAGUAUGCCUGUUGCGCGGGUAUCUUGAAGGUUGAUUGGAGGGGAAGACAGAUGGUGCGGGGCGUGUGUAGAAAAAGGCCCUUUCGAAAAGGAGAGAAUCUCGUCGCAGGUUCGGCUGGCAUCUGGAAUUUUUGAUUAAGAAGAAAAGUAAACGUGUUUGUCCUCCAAAGAGACAGCAGUAACAGUAGCUGCUUUUUCUCUCACUGCUCUUAUUUCAUGUUACAUGAACCUGCAUUCUCAUGAAUGGCAAGAUCUGACGCUC